AUGGGUGUCCCCUUCGAGGCUCUGAUUCCCUAUGGGAUCAUUAUCGGCAUGUUCGGCGUGACUGGUGUUGGUCUUCACUUCACUAAGCGCUACGUCAACGACGGCAAGAAGACCCGUUGGAACACGGAUCUCUGGGAUCGUCAAAUGAUGCAGCGGGACUACCGGAUCACUGGUGUACACAGAGGACAGUCCAGCAACCACCAGGCACCAAAGGGAUUCGAGCUCAGCAACCCCUGGAAGGUCGAGAAGCGGAUUUACUAA